UGCUCUAAAUCAUGUUUCUCUCUCCUUUUAUUUCAAAAGCCGUACGUGUUUGCAUUGAUAAUAAAUUGCCGACAAUUGCUGUUGCUAGAUUUAUUCAGUGCCAGUUGGGCUGUCGAAGUCAAAAGUAUUCUAUAUCUCUUGUGUCUCCCUUAAAAAUGGCAACAGAAAAAACUCUGCCAGCAAUAUUUAAGCAUGUAGAUGCUAAUGUUACCACUUAUAAGAACCUUUUGAAAGAAGCGGUUGCGAUUCCUUCGGUAUCGUGUGAUAUAAAAUACCGGGAUGACUGCGUACGUAUGGUACACUGGAUGCAGGAUAAGUUGAAAGAGGUGGGCGCUUGCACGGAGCUCAGAGACGUCGGCUUCCAGACCAUUGAUCAAAAGGAAGUUAAAUUACCCCCUGUUCUAGUUGGAGUCUUGGGAAACGACCCCAAGAAGAACACGAUAUGCAUUUACGGGCAUUUAGACGUGCAGCCUGCUUUAAAGUCCGAUGGCUGGCACACUGAGCCAUUUGAGUUAGUGGAACGCAAUGACAAGCUGUAUGGCCGUGGCUCAACUGAUGAUAAAGGCCCUGUGCUUGGAUGGCUACAUGCAAUUAAUGCAUACAAGGCUGUUGGCGAGGAGCUACCAGUGAACUUGAAAUUUGUAUUUGAAUGUAUGGAAGAGUCUGGCUCAGAAGGUCUAGAUGCUCUCUUAACUGAGCAACUAAAACCUGAGGGUUUCUUCGACACUGUGGACUAUGUAUGCAUAUCUGACAAUUACUGGUUGGGGACCACCAAGCCGUGUAUCACUUAUGGCCUCCGUGGCAUAAGCUACUAUUUCUUGGAAGUUGAAUGUGCCAAAAUGGAUCUGCACAGUGGUGUUUAUGGUGGAACUGUACAUGAAGCCAUGUCUGAUCUCAUUUACCUGAUGGACCAGUUGGUGGACAAGGACGGCAAAAUCCUAGUCACGGAUAUCUACAAAUCUGUCGCUCCGUUGACGGAAGCCGAAAAGAAACUAUACACUUCCAUUGAUUUCGAUCCUGAGGCAUACAGGAGCACGAUUGGAACCCCAAAACUGGCGCACAACGGUGUCAAAGAACAGCUCCUUAUGCACCGGUGGAGGUACCCGACCUUGUCGUUGCACGGAAUUGAAGGAGCUGCAUUCCAGCCAGGCGCCAAGACAGUGAUCCCGGGGAAGGUGAUUGGAAAGUUCUCUCUGAGGAUAGUGCCCAACCAGGAGCCCGAGGAAGUGGAGAAACUAGUGUUUGAUUACAUUCACAAAAAGUGGGCCGAGCGCGGCUCGCCGAACACGAUGAAGAUAUCCGCGCAGAGCGGGCGCGCGUGGACCGAGGACCCGCACCACCCGCACUACCAAGCCGCCGCGCGCGCCACCAGGCUCAUCUAUCAGACUGAGCCGGACAUGUCUCGCGAGGGCGGGUCCAUCCCCGUGACCAUCACGCUGCAGGAGGCGAGCGGGCGCAACGUGCUGCUGCUGCCCAUGGGCGCCGGCGACGACAUGGCACACUCGCAGAACGAGAAGAUCAACUGCAGGAACUACAUCGAGGGCAUCAAGUUGUUUGCCGCCUACCUGCACGAGGUUGGCAAACUUCCUAAGUAAAGAAGCGACGGUUAUCGACCAUCAAGUACCAAAAAUGCAUCUCAUUUCGCAUAAUAAAAGUACAUAUUAUAUUCGUACACAUAGCAUAAUAAAAAGUUUAUAUUCAAAUGGUGCCUUAGCAUAAUAAAUAAUCGCUAUUACUGUAUUAUAUUUUACUCACAGUAUAUGUAUUUCGUUUUUGAAAGUGUGACACAUUUAUGGGUCAUAUUGUUAGUUUGGAUUUAUUAUGAGUAAGUUUUUUAAUACAUUUAUUUGAAUUUAAUAA